AUGGCGACGACGGCGGGGCCAGAAGCGAAGACCUACUGGUGCCACGAAUGCGAUAUGAGUGUGUCCCUCACGCUCCUUCCCUCGCCUCUCCUUUGUCCCCACUACCAUACCUCCUUCCUCGAAUUGAUGGACUCUCCCUUCUCCCAAAACGACGUCGAAUCACCCCUCUUUGACGUUUUCCAGGACACGCUCUUACUCCUCUCCUCCAAGCCCCUAUCCGCCAAACCUCGCCCUCUCCCCUCCGUCAACGUCACACCCUCACUCCUUUCCGUGCUCGACCUUAACGGGGUCAUUUUCUUCGCUGUGUGCAAAGACCAAAUUUUCCUCGAUGCUAAGGCCAAAUAG